AGUCACUCUCCAAACCAACCAACCACACUGAGUUUCCUCCAUUCAGUUCUGACUUCUCUAAGAGUAAAGAGACCACAUUAGCUAAAAACCUCUGAAAACAUUUAGCACAUCAACUCUACAAAACAUCAAGAUGCCAAAGAUUGUUCGACCGGAGAACUGCCAACCUGCUAAAACACUGUGGUACGACCGGAAAAAAUAUCUCACCAUCAACUUUGUGGUUCAAAACCCAAAAGAUGUGCAAGUAGAUGUCCAGGACACAAAGAUCAUUCUCAGCUGUAAAGAUGUGGAUGACAACAAUAUCUACAAUGAGAUUGAAUUUUAUGACAAAGUAUUGAAGUCUGAUUCGAGAGAGAAGGUUCUGGAUCGUACUAUUAAUGUGAUGAUAAGGAAGUAUAAAGAAAAUGUGGCAUGGCCGAGACUUCAGAAAGACACAGCUAAGCCAGCAUGGCUGUUAGUUGACUUUGAUAACUGGCGAGAUUGGGAAAAUGAGGAGGAAGAUGGUAUGGCAGAAUAUGAGCAGUACAUUGAUAUGAUUAAUGAUGUUAAACAGAAAGGUGAACCUCCUGCCAUGGAUGACCUGGACGAUCUUAGCGACUGAGUUUUACAUCGGCUCUCAAGCAGAACCUUUACAGUUCAGUUUCUGGAUGUCUACAGUAAAGAUGUUACACGUUGCCCAACAAGCAACCACAUUGACAAGAAACAAAUGUUGACUUUUAGUAAAUGUUUGCUUUUGUUUGAUCAGUGAGUUUGUUAGUAUUGGUGUAAAAUAUCCUUUAUAUUUGAUAUGUAAGGUCAUGUUUAAUUUACAAGUUUUAUUUCUGUUAUGUUCACAUUUUAGCAAAAUGUUUAAUGUUUGGGGUCAAUAUAACAAACAUAAUAGGAGGGUUAAACAAAUCUCCUUUCCUUGUGAGAAAUAACAUCAAAUGUGUAUUUUUUUCUAUUCAUGCCUUUAAAAAAGAUAUAAUCCAGGAGACGUAUGAUUGUUAAUUUAUUGUCAUAUGUUUUAUAAAGUGUUUUUCUACAUUAAAGGUUGUAAAGAUUGUCA